AUGUCUAUGAAAAUGGCGGAUCCCACAAAGAUCUCGAUCUUGGGGCGGGAGAGCAUUGUUGCGGACUAUAGCAUCUGGGGAACAUACAUUGUCCAAGACCUGCUAACCAAUCUCUCCUCAACCACCUAUGUCCUAGUGACCGAUACCAAUCUCGGCUCGAUAUAUCUUGAAAAGUUCUCAAAAAUCUUCAACGAAGCCGCCGCAGCGUUGUCACCGCCUCCUCGUCUCCUUACCAAAGAAAUCCCUCCCGGCGAAAACUCUAAGUCUCGCCAAGGAAAGGCCGAUAUUGAGGAUUGGAUGCUUCAGCAGACAUGUGGUCGGGAUACAGUUAUUAUUGCUCUGGGUGGUGGUGUCAUUGGCGAUCUACUCGGUUUUGUCGCCUCGACCUACAUGCGGGGUAUCAGAUUCGUCCAGGUCCCUACGACGCUGUUGGCGAUGGUUGACUCUUCUAUCGGAGGAAAGACUGCCAUUGAUACUCCCUUGGGCAAGAAUUUGAUUGGAGCUAUCUGGCAACCUCAACGAAUCUACAUUGACAUUGACUUCAUCGACACCCUUCCAGAAAGAGAAUUCAUCAACGGCAUGGCCGAAGUCAUCAAAACCGCAGCAAUCUCCGAUGAGAAGGAAUUUGCGGCUUUGGAACGACAUGCUGAUGCAAUCUUGAAUGCUGCUCGUAGCAAGGCCAGAAAGGGACGAUUUGAUGCAGUGCGACAAGAGUUGAAGGAUCAUAUUGUAGCGUCGGCACGCCACAAGGCGUAUGUUGUGACUGCGGACGAGCGUGAAGGUGGCUUGCGCAAUCUCCUCAACCUGGGUCACUCAAUUGGUCAUGCGAUUGAGGCAAUCUUGUCCCCUCAGGUCCUCCACGGUGAAUGUGUUGCUAUUGGUAUGGUCAAAGAGUUGGAACUCGCGAGAUACCUCGGCAUCCUUAAGCCAGUCGCGGUUUCUCGAAUGAUCAAAUGUCUUUCCAAGUACGGUCUGCCCACGUCUUUGAAGGAUCAGCGUGUGAGGAAACAUACCGCCGGAAAACAUUGCCCUUUGGACCAGUUGAUGGCGAACAUGGCCUUGGAUAAGAAGAACGAUGGUCCCAAGAAGAAGGUCGUUUUGCUAUCAGCUAUUGGCCAAACCUACGAGCCAAAGGCUAGUGUCGUUUCGAACGAGGAUAUCAGGGCUGUUCUGGCACCCAGCAUUGAAGUGAUCCCUGGUGUUCCCAAGUCACUCAACGUUGUAUGUGCACCUCCCGGCUCGAAGAGUAUCUCCAAUAGAGCCCUUGUUCUUGCAGCUCUCGGAUCGGGAACAGUCCGAAUCAAGAACCUUCUGCACUCGGACGACACAGAGGUUAUGCUCAACGCUCUAGAACAUCUUGGAGCCGCGACAUUUGCCUGGGAAGAGGAAGGAGAGGUGCUGGUUGUGAACGGCAAUGGUGGCAAAAUGCAGGCAAGCCCAACAGAGUUAUACUUGGGUAAUGCCGGUACAGCCUCGAGAUUUUUGACAUCAGUUGCAACGCUCUCCGGUAAAGGAUCUGUUGAUUUCAAUAUCCUUACUGGAAACAAUCGUAUGAAGCAGAGGCCUAUCGGGGAUUUGGUCGAUGCACUCACUGUAAAUGGUGCUGAAAUUGAAUAUCUGGAAAAGGCAGGCAGUCUGCCAUUGAAGAUUGCUGCAUCAGGCGGAUUCAAAGGCGGUCGUAUCAAUCUUGCUGCCAAGGUCUCUUCUCAAUACGUAUCAUCGCUCUUGAUGUGCGCACCGUAUGCCAAGGAGCCGGUGGUUCUGAAACUGGUUGGAGGCAGACCGAUUUCCCUGUCAUACAUUGAGAUGACCACCGCUAUGAUGCGAUCGUUUGGAAUUGAUGUUCAACAAUCGACCACCGAAGAAUGGACCUACCACAUUCCACAAGGAUCAUAUACCAACCCUGCAGAAUACGUUAUUGAAAGUGAUGCCAGUUCUGCAACCUACCCGCUGGCAAUCGCUGCAGUCACUGGCACAACCUGCACAGUCCCCAACAUUGGCUCGGCUAGUUUACAAGGCGAUGCUCGCUUUGCGGUAGACGUUUUGAGACCAAUGGGUUGCAAAGUUGAGCAGACUGCUACUUCCACCACAGUCACGGGUCCAGCAGAUGGCGUGUUACGCCCGCUACCAAACGUCGAUAUGGAACCGAUGACCGAUGCUUUCUUGGGUGCCUCUGUUUUGGCCGCGAUUGCGCAGGGCGAAGGAUCAAACCACACAACCAGGAUCUACGGUAUUGCCAAUCAGCGAGUCAAGGAAUGCAACCGUAUCGAGGCUAUGAGGGUUGAAUUAGCAAAAUUUGGUGUUGUGUGUCGCGAACACCCUGAUGGACUCGAGAUUGAUGGUAUUGAUCGAUCUACUCUGCGACACCCCGCUGGGGGCGUCUUUUGCUACGACGAUCACCGCGUUGCAUUCAGCUUCAGCAUCUUGGCUCUGGUGGCCCCUAUGCCCACACUCAUUCUCGAAAAGGAAUGUGUAGGUAAAACAUGGCCAACAUAUUGGGAUGCUCUCAAACAGAAAUUUGGAGUUCGGCUCGAAGGCAAGGAGCUUGAUGAGAGUGUUACCACGCAUCAUGCACCAGCCGAUCGGUCAAAUGCAUCCGUCAUUAUCAUCGGUAUGCGUGGAGCAGGGAAGACGACAACGGGCCGCUGGGCUGCGAAGGUACUCAAUAGGAAAUUCAUCGAUCUUGAUGUUGAAUUAGAGCAGACCGAGGGUAAAAGCAUUCCGGAGAUCAUCAAGGAACGUGGCUGGCAGGGAUUCCGCGAUGCGGAACUUGCACUGUUCAAGCGUGUUUUAGCUGAGCGGCCAACAGGUCAUGUUCUCGCUUGUGGUGGUGGUAUCGUCGAAAUUGGGGAGGCGAGAAAGAUCCUUACUGAUUACCACAAGAACAAGGGUAAUGUUCUAUUAGUCAUGAGAGAUAUAAAACGGGUCAUGGAAUUCUUGAAUGUUGACAAGACCCGACCCGCUUAUAUCGAAGACAUGAUGAGUGUGUGGUUGCGACGGAAGCCAUGGUACCACGAAUGCAGCAACGUGCAGUACUACAGUAGGCAUAGCAGUGCACCGGAGCUUGCCCUUGCCGUUGAAGACUUUGGACGGUUUAUUCAAGUCGUGUCUGGCAAGAUCGAUUACUUGGCAGCCAUUAGAAAGAAACGUCUUUCUUUCUUUGUGUCUCUGACUCUGCCUGAUCUACGAGAUACUGGUGAUUUGCUACGCACCGUUGCCUCCGGUUCAGAUGCUGUCGAAUUGCGCGUCGAUUUACUCAAAGACCCAUCGUCGGAUAGCGCUAUUCCUUCAGCUGAAUAUGUGGCUGAGCAGAUCUCUUUCUACCGCAGUAAGGUUGCGCUGCCGAUUGUCUUUACGGUUCGCACAGUCAGCCAGGGAGGGAAAUUUCCUGACGACGCCCACGAUGCUGCAUUGGAGUUGAUUACACUUGCUAUUCGCAGUGGCUGUGAAUUUAUCGAUCUCGAAAUCACAUUCCCUGAAGAGUUGCUACGCAAAGUGACCGAAUCAAAGGCUCAUGCUAAGAUUAUUGCAUCCCAUCAUGAUCCCCAGGGCAAAUUGAACUGGGCCAACGGUUCUUGGAUCCAAUACUACAACAAGGCUCUACAGUACGGAGAUAUCAUCAAACUCGUCGGAGUAGCAGAAUCCCUCAAAGACAACACCGCGCUAAAGGAAUUCAAAGACUGGGCUGAACAAGCUCACGAUGUACCCGUCAUUGCAAUCAAUAUGGGCGACAAGGGUCAACUCAGCCGCAUGCUCAACGGGUUUUUGACUCCGGUCUCUCAUCCCGCUCUUCCCUUCAAAGCCGCUCCUGGACAAUUAUCAGCAGCGGAGAUUCGAAAGGGAUUAUCGAUCAUGGGCGAGAUUCCAGCUAAAAAGUUUGCGAUUUUCGGAAAACCCAUCUUGGCCUCUCGUUCGCCUGCAAUGCACAACACACUCUUUGAGCAGAAUGGAUUGCCGCAUGUAUAUACCAGACUCGAAACCGACCAGACACAAGACGUGAAGGAAUUCAUCCGCUCACCGGACUUUGGCGGUGCAUCGGUCACAAUCCCACUCAAGCUAGACAUCAUCCCGCUGAUCGAUGAGGUGUUGAACGAGGCUGAGAUCAUCGGCGCAGUCAACACCAUCAUCCCAGUCGAAGGCAAGGACGGCACCACUCGCCUCAUUGGCCGCAACACCGACUGGUCCGGAAUUGUGCGCUGUCUCCGCGAAGCCGGCGCACAUAGCAACGAAGGCAAAUCCAGUGCUUUGGUUAUCGGUGGCGGAGGCACAGCCCGCGCCGCAAUCUAUGCUCUCCACCAUAUGGGCUUCUCAACUGUCUAUGUACUGGGCCGCUCACCAGAGAAGAUCCAAAAUAUGGCAUCCACUUUCCCCACGGGCUUCGAUAUUCGCGUCCUCGAAAACGCGGAUGAUAUCGAGACCAUUCCCCGUGUUGCAGUGGGUACUGUACCCGGUGACCAACCCAUUGAGCCGAAUAUGCGAGAAAUCCUCUGCACAAUCUUCAAGCGCAGCGGCCAAGAUCCUUCGGCUGAUGGAGCAAGCAGCGUGUUACUAGAGAUGGCGUACAAACCAUCCGUGACUCCAUUGAUGCGUUUGGCGUCUGAUGCUGGAUGGAAAACCAUCCCGGGUUUGGAGGCUCUUGUUGGACAGGGAGUGUAUCAGUUUGAGUACUGGACGGGAAUUACGCCGGUUUACGAGGUUGCGCGAAAUGCUGUCCUCGGUACGAACGAGAAGUAA